CCAUUUUACCCGUCAACAAUCUCGCUAAUCACACAACACACAGUCUCUCAGGCAUCGCCAUGUCGAUACCGACGGUGUUUCACAGUUUUCAUUAUGUCUUUUAGCUUUUUUUAAAAAAAAAAGAAACAUAAAAUCCGAGUUGACAUAACCGAGAUCACUACCAAGUACCAAGCUUUCUCUUGGGAUUCAUCGCCUCUUUUGCCUCUCCAAAGCGAUUUCUGAUUCCAGAUGGCUUCGUCGGUGCUCUCUUUGGCCUCUGCGUCGCCCUCUGCCUCACUUUCUUAUCGUGGAAUUAGCAAGGGAAAGUUGAAUCUUGGAAAUACCAGCUUGUGCUUUAACAAGGAGAAGACGAACCCCUUCAUCAAAACGAAGUCUUUUGGUCGCAUAUCUAUGGUUGUCGCUUCCAAUGUGUCUCGUUUUGAGGGUAUAACAAUGGCUCCUCCUGAUCCAAUUCUUGGGGUUUCUGAAGCGUUUAAAGCAGACAACCAUGAGUUGAAGCUCAACCUUGGAGUUGGGGCAUAUCGAACUGAGGAGCUACAGCCCUAUGUGCUUAAUGUGGUUAAAAAGGCUGAUAAGCUUCUACUAGAGAGGGGGGAAAACCGAGAGUAUCUCCCAAUUGAAGGCUUGGCCGCUUUCAAUAAGGUGACGGCAGAGUUGUUAUUUGGAGCAGACAACCCAGUUAUAAAGCAACAAAGAGUUGCAACAGUUCAAGGGCUUUCAGGAACUGGUUCACUUCGACUGGCUGCAGCUCUUAUAGAACGAUACUUUCCUGGGGCAAAAGUUCUGAUAUCAUCUCCCACUUGGGGUAACCACAAGAACAUUUUCAAUGAUGCUAGGGUUCCAUGGUCAGAAUACCGAUACUAUGACCCAAAAACAGUUGGCUUGGAUUUUGAAGGGAUGAUCGCAGACAUCAAGGCAGCUCCCGAGGGAUCUUUUAUUCUUCUUCAUGGUUGUGCUCACAACCCUACUGGUAUUGAUCCAACCCCUGAACAGUGGGGAAUAAUUGCGGAUGUCAUCCAAGAGAAGAACCAUAUUCCAUUUUUUGAUAUUGCAUACCAGGGAUUUGCAAGUGGAAGCCUUGAUACUGAUGCAGCAUCUGUGAGGAUGUUUGUGGCCUGUGGUAUGGAGGUUAUCGCUGCUCAGUCAUACAGCAAAAAUCUUGGCCUCUAUGCAGAAAGGAUUGGAGCAAUUAAUGUUGUCUGCUCAUCACCAGAUGCUGCUGCAAGGGUGAAGAGCCAACUAAAAAGAAUUGCCCGACCAAUGUACUCAAAUCCUCCUGUUCAUGGGGCUAGGAUUGUUGCCAAUGUUGUUGGGGAUCCAGCCCUCUUCAAGGAAUGGAAUGCAGAGAUGGAAAUGAUGGCUGGGAGAAUAAAGAAUGUGAGACAGAAAUUAUUUGAUAGUCUUUCUUCCAAAGAUACAAGUGGGAAGGAUUGGUCAUUUGUUCUUAAGCAGAUUGGCAUGUUCUCAUUCACAGGCUUAAACAAAGCUCAGUGUGAUAAUAUGACGAACAAGUGGCAUGUCUAUAUGACCAAGGACGGGAGAAUAUCCCUUGCAGGAUUAUCUUUGGCCAAGUGUGAAUACCUUGCAGACGCCAUCAUCGAUUCAUACCACAAUGUCAGUUAA